AUGUCCUCGUCGAGCAACACCAAAGCACGGCACUACGCCACGCUCGCCUCGCAGAUAAGGCAGCUGAACGCCAACCUCGGCGAGUCACACACCCAGUUCGCCCUCCUCGCCGACCACCUCGACGCGAUGCGCCGCUUCUCCGCGGCCAACGCUGCACAGUUCAUGGCUGUCAGCCGGCUGCUCGACGUCGAGUUGCAGGACGUCGCGAAACAGGCCCUGGCGGCGCAGAGCGGCGAGAAGUAGGCGAGGACGCCGCGCUGCGCUCGCCCCGACCGACUGGAGAGGAUCACCGGACCACCACGCAUCACGCACACACCGCACCCACGACACUGCAUGGCCCACGACUGUUGUAUAGUACCCGGCAACGCGAGAAUGUGAUACAUCUGUCGCCGCUCACCCUCAUGCCCCAGGCUGUGGUAACG